GGCGGGCGGACGAGGAGGGCGGCGACGGCGGCCAUGCUGCGCGGGCGGGCGAGUGGGCGCGAGGUCCCUCGGGGCGGCUUGCAGCGCGCCGCUGCAGGGGUUUGCCCUUCACCCGCACUCGAAUCCCAGGGAAAUUGGCCGUCCGGCGGCGAGGAGGGGCACCAACCACACAACCGACACAAGCAGACAUGUCUGGACGCGGAAAGGGCGGCAAGGGCCUCGGCAAGGGCGGCGCGAAGCGCCACCGCAAGGUGCUGCGCGACAACAUCCAGGGCAUCACCAAGCCCGCCAUCCGCCGCCUCGCGCGCCGCGGCGGCGUCAAGCGCAUCUCGGGCCUCAUCUACGAGGAGACGCGCGGCGUCCUCAAGGUGUUCCUCGAGAACGUGAUCCGCGACGCGGUCACCUACACCGAGCACGCGCGCCGCAAGACCGUCACCGCCAUGGACGUCGUCUACGCGCUCAAGCGCCAGGGCCGCACGCUCUACGGCUUCGGCGGCUAAACAACCGGCCACCACCCAAUCCCCGGUGUUUCUAAACACCACCCUCCUCUCUCCGGGCUCUCGCGCCCUCUGCCUCGCGCGACGGGUGGCUGCCCUUGUGUGCGCUCGGGUAGUUUGCCUUCCCUGCGCGCUGCGGGCGGAGGUAUUUUUUUCGCGCUCCGCCCUGAGCCUGACCCCUGUCGCCUGUGUCUGUGAGCGGAUGGCUCGAUUCGGCAAAGGGAAGUGCUUUUUC